CAACCACCUCGGUAGCUUGCUAGCCAACAUAAAACCGAUAGAUUGCCGCUUUACACCGUGUUUGUGAACAUUAGCUAAUAUCAGUGUUUUAAACGCAUUUCUGUUGACUUAUCAUCUGAUGACCUUUAACCUACUGUUCUUGUUAAAUUUGCAAACUUGUCAAAGAUUGAUACUGAGGUUAGCACUAGGCUAGUCGCUAAUGCUAACUAACUAGCUAACAUCCCUGACCAUGAGUUCACUAAACUACUCCUCCCUUGCUAAAGAAGAGGUGGUCUGCUGGACGGAAAAAGAAGCUCUGGGACUGAACAUUGUCAUGGAAGAUGAGGCUGUUAUAGUGAAAGAAGAGGAGGCUGUUAUAGUGAAAGAAGAGGAGGCUGUUAUAGUGAAAGAAGAGGAGGCUGUUAUAGUGAAAGAAGAGGAGGCUGUUAUAGUGAAAGAAGAGGAGGCUGUUAUAGUGAAAGAAGAGGAGGCUGUUAUAGUGAAAGAAGAGGAGGCUGUUAUAGUGAAAGAAGAGGAGGCUGUUACAGUGAAAGAAGAGGAGUCUGUUAUAGUGAAAGAAGAGGAGUCUGUUAUAGUGAAAGAAGAGGAGUCUGUUAUAGUGAAAGAAGAGGAGUCUGUUAUAGUGAAAGAAGAGGAGGCUGUUAUAGUGAAAGAAGAGGAGGCUGUUAUAGUGAAAGAAGAGGAGGCUGUUAUAGUGAAAGAAGAGGAGGCUGUUAUAGUGAAAGAAGAGAAAGAACCUUUUAGAGAGGAAGAGGAUGCUAUCUCAAUAAAGGUGAAGAAGGAAGACGUUUUGGGAGUGAAAGAGGAGACAGAAUUUCAGAUUAACACCAGAGAGAGACAUGACUAUGGUGGAUCCUCUGGGGAGCCUCAACAACAUCCUGAUGCUGACGAGGCAGAGAAGAGUCUCUCCAGAUCAGAACACCAGAUGGACAAUGCUAGCCCUUCCACCCUCCCGGAGUCCAUGUGUCGUGCCUCUCCCGGUAGCACCUUACUGCUGGGUAUGAAGAGAUUGUCUGUGCUGCUGGUGGACUGCAGGAAAACAACGGGGCUGAGUGGAACUGUGAGAGGAGGAGAAGAGAUGAAAGGAUCAGAUUUGACUCAUCAAAGAGGAAAACCGAACUUGAAGGAACCAGCGACAUCCAAACCAGCAAGACGACACCUCUGCUCUCAUUGUGGAAAAAGUUUUAACCAGUUAGUUAGCUUGAAAAGACAUGAGAGGGUACACAUAGGAGCGAAGCCACACCAUUGCUCCCAGUGUGGAAAGAGUUUUAAGCGGUUAGACACGCUCAAAGCUCAUGAGAGAAUACACACAGGGGAGAAGCCAUACUAUUGCACCCAGUGUGGAAAGAGUUUUACCCAAUUAGGAAGCCUGAAAGAACACAUGAGACUGCACACAGGGGAGAAGCCAUACCACUGCUCCCAGUGUGGAAAGAGUUUUAACCAGUCAGGAAGCCUGAAAGCUCAUGAGCGAAUCCACACAGGGGAGAAGCCUUACCACUGCUCCCAGUGUGCAAAGCGUUUUAUCCAAUUAGGAAGCCUGACAGAACACAUGAGACUGCACACAGGGGAGAAGCCUUACCACUGCUCCCAGUGUGCAAAGCGUUUUACCCAUUUAGGAAACCUGAAAGAACACAUGAGGCUGCACACAGGGGAGAAGCCUUACCACUGCUUCUGGUGUUCAAAGUGCUUUACCCAUUUAGGAAACCUGAAAGCUCAUGGGCGAAUACACACAGGGGAGAAGCCUUACCGCUGCUCCCACUGUGGAAAGCAUUUUAACUAUUCAGGAAAGCUGAAAGAACACAUGAGACUGCACACAGGGGAGAAGCCUUACAAAUGCUCAGACUGUGGGAAGACUUAUUACUCAUUACAGUCACUUAAACAUCAUUAUAACAUACACACAGGGGAGAAGCCAUACCACUGCUCCCAGUGUGGAAAGUGUUUCAGCCGGUCAGGGCAUCUGAAAAAACAUGAAAGAAUACACACAGGGGAGAAGCUUUUCUACUGCUCCCAGUGUGGCAAGUGUUUCAGCCAGUCAGGGCAUCUGAAAAAACAUGAGAGAAGACACACAGGGGAGAAGCCUUUCUCCUGCUCCCAGUGUGGCAAGUGUUUCAGCCAGUCAGGGCAUCUGAAAAACCAUGAGAGAAGACACACAGGAGAGAAGCCUUACCACUGCUCCCAGUGUGGCAAGUGUUUCGCCCAGUCAGGGGAUCUGAAAAAACACGAAAGAAUACACACAGGGGAGAAGCCUUUCUACUGCUCCCAGUGUGGCAAGCGUUUCAGCCAGUCAAGGGAUCUGAAAAACCAUGAGAGAAGACACACAGGGGAGAAGCCUUUCUACUGCUCCCAGUGUGGCAAGCGUUUCAGCCAGUCAGGGGAUCUGAAAAACCAUGAGAGAAGACACACAGGGGAGAAGCCUUACCACUGCUCCCAGUGUGGCAAGUGUUUCAGCCAGUCAGGGGAUCUGAAAAAACAUGAAAGAAUACACACAGGGGAGAAGCCUUACCACUGCUCCCAGUGUGGCAAGUGUUUCAGCCAGUCAGGGGAUCUGAAAAAACAUGAUAGAAUACACACAGGGGAGAAGCCUUACCACUGCUCUCAUUGCGGAAAGGGUUUUAACCGGUUAGGGACCCUGAAACAGCACGAGAGAAUACACACGGGGGAGAAGCCUUACCACUGCUCCCAGUGUGGCAAGUGUUUCACCCAGUCAGGGGAUCUGAAAAAACAUGAAAGAAUACACACAGGGGAGAAGCCUUACCACUGCUCCCAGUGUGGUAAGUGUUUUAACCGGUCAGGGAGCCUGAAACAACAUGAGAGAAUACACACAGGAGAGAAGCCUUAACACUGCUCCCAGUGUGGAAGGAGUUUUAACCAGAAAAACAGCCUGAACCAACAUGAGAAAAUACACAGAGGUGAGAUGCAUUACCACUCCUCCCAGGGUGCAAAGCAUUUGCCCAUUUAGGAAGCCUGAAAGAGCAUGACACAGAGGAGAAAGCUUACAAAAGCUUAGACUUUGGUAAAACAUAUUACUCAUAACAAUCACUUAAACGUCAUUAGAGAAUCCACACAGGAGAGAGAAAUUACUUCUCUUAGCAUGUAUAUUGAUAUUUCACAUCUCAUUUUUCUAACAAUUCAUCAGAGAACAUACACAGUGCUCCCGUUGUCUUAUAUUGUUUGCCUUAUAAUGUGUUUACCUGUUUUUACCAGAUGAAAUUGCUUCUUCCAAUUAUUGAUAAACAUGUACCUGUUAAGAAACUGACUGUUAGAUAUGUUAAGGCUCCAUGGAUUGAUGAGGCAUUUAAAAACUGUAUGUUUGAAAGAGUUGGGGCAAAAGGAGUGGCUAAUAAGUCUGGCUGCACAUCUGGCUGGCUUACUGCAAAUUGAGAAAUUAUGUGACCAAACUCAACAAAAAUAAUCAACUUUAUUAUGAAGCCAAGAUCAAUUAUAUAAAGAAUGAUGGAAAAAAACUUGUAAAAAAACAUAAUGAAAGAAAAGCAGUGCAAGUUUUGAAUUUUGUAAAGUUAGUGUGGGAGAGGUGGGGAAAUUGUUAUCGAUCAAUAAUGACAAACCUCCUGGCAUUGACAACUUAGAUGGAAAGCUACUGAGGACGGUAGCUGACUCUAUAGCCACUCCUAUCUGACAUGUUUUUUAUAUGAGCCUAGAGGAAGGUCUUUGUUCUCUUGCCUGGAGGGAAGCAAAAUUAAUCCACUACCCAAGAGUGGUAAAGUGGCCUUUACUGGUUCUAACAGCAGACCUAUAAGCUUGCUGCCAGCUCUUAGCAAACUGUUGGAAAAAAUGGUGUUUUACCAAAUGUUAUGCUAUUUCUCUGUAAACAAAAGAACAACAGACUUUCAGCAUGCUUAGAGAGAAGGGCACUCAACAUGUACUGCACUGACACAAAUGACUGAUGAUUGGUUGAGAGAAAUUGAUAACAAGAAGAUUGUGGGAGCUCUAUUGUUAGAUUUCAGUGCAGCCUUUGAUAUUAUUGACCAUAACCUGUUGUUUAAGAAUGUUUGUGCUAUGGCUUUUCAACCUCUGCCAUAAUGUGGAUUCAGAGCUAUCUAUCUAAUAGAACUCAGAGGGUUUUUAAUGGAAGCUUCCCUAAUGUCAAACAUAUGAAGUGUGAUGUACCGCAGGGCAGCUCUCUAGGCCCUCUACUCUUUUCUAUUUUUACCAAUGGCCUGCCACUGGCAUUAAACAAAGCAUGUGUGUCCAUGUAUGCUGAUGAUUCAACUAUAUAAGCACCAGCAACCAUAGCUAAUGAAGUCACUGAAACCCUUAACAAAUAGUUGCAGUCUAUUUUGGAAUGCGUGGCCAGUAAUAAACUGGUCCUGAACAUCUCUAAAACUAAGAGCAUUGUAUUUGGUACAAAUCAUUCCUCAAGUUCUAGACCUCAGCUGAAUCUGGUAAUGAAUUGUGUGGCUGUUGAACAAGUUGAGGAGACUACAUUGCUUGGCAUUACCUUAGAUUGUAAACUGUCAUGGUCAAAACAUAUAGAUUCAAUGGUUGUAAAGCUGAGGAGAGGUCUAGCCAUAAUAAAGAGAUGCUCUGCUUUUUUGACACUACUCUCCACAAAGCAAGUUCUGCAGGCUCUAGUUUUGUCUAAUCUUGAUUAUUGUCCAGUCGUGUGGUCCAGUGCUGCAAGGAAAGACCUAGUAAAGCUGCAGCUGGCCCAGAACAGAGCGGCUGUCAGGGUUGUGACUAGGGUGGGAAUUCUAUGUUCCUUUUUCUGUGUUUUUGUAUUUCUUUGUUUUUGGCGGAGUGUGGUUCCUAAUCGGAGGCAGCUGUCUAUCGUUGUCUCUAAUUGGGAAUCAUACUUAGGCAGCCUUUUUCCACCUGUGUUUUUUGGGUAGUUGUUUUCUGUAUAGUUGAUUUGUCUUACAGAACUGUUCAUUCUUCUCUUUGUUAUUUUGUUUGAAUGUUUUUUGAUUAAAUACAAAUCAUGAACACUUACCACGCUGCGCUUUGGUCCAUGCCUUCCGACGAGAAACGUGACAAUUGUUUCAUGUUUUGUGUUGACCGCAGGAGGGGUAGCUGCUGCUUUUGCAACAGCUAAUGUGGAUCCUAGUAAAAUACCAAAUACCAAACUCUGUUAUUCUCUCUGAGCUCAGAAAUAAAGAAUCUUGGUUUGA